CUACGCAUGUGUACACGAAAGGAUAUUUGUAAUGUACUAAAGGUUCACAGUAAAAAUCGAGAGAAGUGUGUCUCGUUAAAGUGAUUUCUUUGUAGAUAUUCUAACAGAACAUUUCAAAUAUGAAACUGGAGGGUGUACCAGUGUUAUGCAAUGGCCAUAUUAAUCCUGGAUUAGCUACGGGAGACACCGAUAUUUCUUUUGACUUUAGUAAAAAAGUGAUUGAGGACUUCCAAAAAGACAAAGCUGAGAAUUUGGUGGCAGCAAAGCAAACAGUGGGCGUCGAGUACACAGCCCCAGAUGGAGGUUGGGGUUGGGUGAUCGCCAUCGCUGCUUUUGCCACGUGGUUUCUGGUAGGACUCACCGCUUACAACUUCGGCAUGCUGUAUUCCGAAUUCCUGUUGGAAAUGGGCACAUCUACCACCUUCAUUUCCUGGAUCUAUUGCCUUGGACUCGUGAUUUCCAGCAUCAUAAGCGCCUUUGUGGACCCCCUGGUGGUGGCAUUCGGUUGGCGCAAGGUUGCGGUAGUGAUGGGUGCCAUAUACAGUUUUGCUCUCAUCGUGUCAGCUUUUGCAACUUCAUCUAUCUUCCUCCUCUUCUCUUCAUUGGUAGCAGGGUCAAUGGUGGACACCUUAUACAACAUUGUCAGCUCCAUCAUCCCCCACUACUUCAUUCGAUGGAGGGAUCUAGUAAAUACCAUCAUGGUUCUCGGAACUUCUGUGAACUUGCUGGUGGUGCCCUAUUUACUAGUGUACCUUCAUGCAGAAUAUGGCUUCAGAGGUGCAAUUUUUAUUAUUGGCGGUCUCUCCCUUAACAUGGUCCCAGCAGGUAUGGUGUUAUAUCCUGUGGAAUGGCCUAGCAAGAACACUAUUCCUGUCACAACAACCAGGGAAUCUCUGGACACAGCAUCAAUGAACAACUCCAUAAAGGCCAUGUUAAAGUCAAUGGAAAAUAUAAUUUUGCUUUUCAAGUCUGUUAAGGUGAUCAUUAUCGCUCUUUCUUAUGGCAUAUUUUUCUCAGCAACAGCGUUCACAUCAAGUUAUGUUCCUUUUGUGAUGCAGGCAACAGGAUACACUUUAAAUGAAUCAGCCCACUGCUUAACAAUGGUCGGUGUUUUUCAUUUAGUCACAAGAUUCAUCCACCCGUUUAUUUCCGUCAUUUGCCAUGGAGAUAAUUUCCAUGUUUUGACUGCAAGUUAUGCCGCCAUCCCUAUCUCAAUUGUAGUGUUCAGUUGCGUCAACAUCUUUCAUGUGAAGGCAGCGGCGAUGGCAGUUUUAGGAAGCGGGAUGAGCUUCGCUUCAGCCGCCUUUAUUCCAGUGAUAGUAGACAUUUUUGGUUUACCAUUGGUUCUGCCAGUGUUAUGUGUGACGGGCAUCUUCGAGGCUAUCGGUUUCCUUACUAUAGGACCCAUAACAGGUGCGGUGCGGGACCUGAGUGGAAGCUACACAUUCAGUCUGUAUGUGUCGUCUGCCUGCAUCUUCUCCUUCAGUUUCCUUCCCUGCAUGUGUCUGUGGGCUGUCAAUGCCUACAACCAGCGGCAACAACACAAGUUAUUGCAAGAGAAAGCGUCCGGAAAGAGUAAAGAAGAAAUAUAUCAUUAAAUGUGAUGGCUAACUCAGCAUUUAUUAAUUUAGUUAAGAUAUUUCCUUUAUAUCUCAUGAUUGUCCUUUUCUCUUUUGUAAAUAUGUGUAUGACUACCGAAGCUAGUUUUUGCUAGAUCGCGAUUUCGGAUUUUUUAACAAUUCUUCAGUAGCGUGUUGUAGCCGAGAUGGGAAUGUCUGGAGUCCCAUGACUUGGUUGAUUCGUGGGGCCUAAAGCGUCGCUCGUGCCGCUUCUUCCUGCGCUUUGGCGGUGGUGCUGUGGGGAGAGGCUCAGGCUCGCUGACACUGGUGUGGGAGCGGGCUGUCAUCUCUUGGAAGAGAUCAUCCACCCACUGAUAGCGAUCAUGCUCUGGUGGUGCUUUCUGGGGCUAGUCUUGGGUGUCUGUUGUGGCGUCUCUAUCGCUGAUGGCGGUGGUCUGGACGGCAGCGCAGGUACGGCUCGGCAUGGGGACUGGUUCAUUUUGCGUUGGGGCGUCACAGGUGUGCGCUUUGGUGCAAUGGCUUCGGCAGCCGCGUGGGCAACCUUGGACCUCUUCUUCCUUCUUCUCCUCUUCUUCGAGGACAGGUCCGUGGCAGGGGCAGUGGCUGUCUAUGAAGGUGAACUGGCAAGGGCUUGGGGUCUAUAUAAUUUUAUGUGGCUGUCCUCCGCCCAAAGCAGCCAGGAGAAAGUCUCCUCACCCUUUCAGGGCAGAGUUUGUGCCACGCGUGGCGACCCUUGCCGCAAUUUGGUCAUCGAGCAGCUUUCCCCAGCCCUUAGAGCGUGACACAUGAAGCACCACGGGGGCUCAGGGGUCAUCCUCCUGAACUGGAGUCGCUGUGUGGCCCACUAUUUAUUCAGUGGCUCGUGGAGUCACCUCAGUUCGCAAUCAUCGCAGAUUGGAUGACUGCACGCUGCUGUUGGGCUCAUUAUGCGGCGGCUGUGAUUGGAUGUUUCUUUUCAUGCUUGGCAGGGCCUGAAGGUCGUCUGCUUGUACAUUGAGUUCAGUUCUCAGAUCUUCGAUGUACAAGAUUUCUAAUAUUGCAAGGCGCCAUGUCCCUGUAAACAUGUCCACAAUUUCGGUCUCCUCUUCUAGGCAUUGUCUUGUGACCUUGAUGCCGUGUUGCUGAUGUGAAUGUUUCUUU